AUGAAUACACGCUCAAGGACCUCGAAGAGGCUGGCUGAGGAAGAAGAUAUCGAUGGCGACCCAGCCGAAGGGUCGUUUUCUACAGGCCAGCGCAAGGUCACACUCCGGAGCGAGCUUAUUGAGUUGUCAGGGCCGAAGACGAAAAGGAUGAAACGGAAUCAUCCUGUUGCGGAUCUCGUGCUGAAGGAUCUCAUGGAGAUGCCUAUGGAUAUCCUUCUCGAAAUAUUCGUGCGAGUGAAGCUUGCGGACCUGUUAGCGCUAUCUCGGACGACAAAGCUGCUGCGAAAGACACUCAUGAGUCGCUCUUCCAAGUCCGUCUGGAUGCGCGUACGCUCGACGACGAUGCCUGGACACCCAGAUUGUCCAGACGACUUGAGCGAACCACAGUACGCGGAGCUAAUCACAGGAAACAGGUGCUUCGACUGCGAUAAGAGAUCCGCCACAAAUGUCAUUUGGUCGGUGCGCGCCAAAUACUGCAAUGAGUGCUUCAUCUCCGCUUUCCCCUAUAAGAAGGAUUAUUAUUGGAUAGACAGCCAGUCAUACCCUGCCAACUUGGCAAGCCUAAUGCCCAGCAUCUUCGUCAAAGAAAAAUAUCAACGGAGUUUUCAUAUCUGUGACAGGUACCACAGGUAUACCGAUCUGUCUUGGGAAAAGGAAUACAAGGCUCUAUCGACGAUCGAGGAGAGGAAGGAGUGGGUGCAGGAAAAAAUAGCGAUUCAACGCCCUAUUAAUGCGCACGGAGAGGCUUGCGAUGCCUGGGCUGCCCGCAGUAAACUUCAUUCGAAACGGGUGCUCACUCUGCAAGACCGUCAUGCGCUCAUUGUCGACCGCGUCAAGCAACUAGGAUGGGGUGACGAGUACGCCAGGAUACGUUACUCAUUCACCAAGCCACAAUGCAAGAGGGAUAUCUUCCAGAUCUGCCAGAAGCCUAACUUCACGGAAAGAACGCUCCUCGGUCUUGAUGGACGGCUUAACGACAUAAUGAAGGAGCUCAAGAAGCGGCGUCUAUCCGAGGACGUUGAAGAAAUGUACAAAGACCGUUUGAGCUUGUUGGUGGAGGUUUAUGCUGCCUACGUGGAGACGCUUCCACUCGACUCGAUCUACCCAAACACAGUGGAGCUCUUUAAAUUUCCUGUUGUCGAACGACUGAUCAAGAACACCCCUGCUACGAUCGAAUUGACAGAGAACGCCAUACGCGAAGCCCUAGAUUUUUCUGAAAUCAUCAGCUUCUGGAAGAAUAGUCUCGAUGCGGCUCUUAUUCGCCUCAUCCGGCAGGGUCUUCCAGAUGCGAUAUUCGACGAAAGCACGGUACUAAACCUUGCAACGACUUAUUUCCACUGCAAGCGCUGCGACACGGUACCCUUGCGAAAGGAGGACAUCUAUACGCACCGUUGUAGGGGCGACUCCCGCUGGCUAGACCCCGCGGCCCCAGAGCCGACCGAUCCAGAAGCAAAGGCUCUCAAACACGUACUGAAGGAAGAGAAACCGUGGAAUUGGAACGGGAUGAUUUACUUCGACGUUCGUGCAUUCGAAACGUUGACUAGCCUUGUGAAGGUGUACGGACGAGACCCGACGACGACUAGUGCUCAAGAUAUGGACAACGCAGACCAUGUCAUUGAGUGUCUCGCCUGUAAUAGCCAGCAUCUGGGACGGCGUACAAUGAAGUGGUCGUACGUGGCCAAUCAUUCUAAUUAUCACCGAGUGUAUGGGAUGAAAGAACCGAUCGAGUUGCUUCUUCUGCACGGGGAGGACGCCAACCGUGCUAGGCUGCGCAUCAACGAGGACUCCGAACGUGUCAAAGCGCGCUAUGCGGGAAACAACAUGUUGUGCUACCGUUGCAGUGAACGGGGUGACAUUGCUUCCCUGAGGAAGCACGCAAAGAAAAAGCAUGCAAAACGGAUCCCAAUCAUUGGGGCUGACUUAGGGUAUCAGCCUGAAGCAUGUGAGUGGCGAUUGGGCAGCCACAAUCUUUGGCCACCAAGGCCAGAGAAGUUGGACUGA